AUGUUUCAACGUAAAUCAGAGGUUGGAGAAGAGUAAGGAGAAACAGUAAUAGCACUUUACUCUUAAUAAACAAAUAUGAGUUACAUUCCUCCUGUAUAUUUAAAAAAUGGUCCAAAUUAAAAUAGAUCUUGUACAAAUGUAUGUUGCUGCUUGUUGUUUUUGUUGUCUAUAGGAGCUUUAGGAUAUUUUUAUUUUUUGACUUACAGUAGUCAAUAAAUAGAGAGACUCUACACUCCAGUGGAUUCUGAAGGAAGAGAAUGUGGAUAAGGAAAUUUGAAUAAGUUUCCGUUGAUAUAUUUCGUAACACCAGAAGAGGUGAGAUAUUUAAAUAAUUGGUUUAGUAAUAUUUAUAUAGAACAGUUUGUGUUUAAAAGUGUCCAAAAAAAGAAGAUAAGGAAUUAUUAUGUGCAACAAAUAAAUUAAUAAAAGACUGUCAUAAUAAUCCAAGUCCAUCUGAUCCAUUAAAACGAGUUUUAAUAUAUGAAUCUCAUUCAUAUUCAGGAAAUAUCUGUCUGCCUGUAGAUGAUAAAUACCAAAAAAUAGUAUAGCCAGCAAUUUUAGUAGGUGAAAUUUAAUAAGCUUUAGUGAAUACCAAAGCAAAUUUACCAAUCAUAGCUAUAAGUGGAGGAGCUGCCUUUUUAUUGGCAUUCUUUUUCACUAUUAUGAUUGGAUUAUGUACUACACUAAUUGUUUAUGUAUUCAUAUUAGUCUAUAUUUCUUUAACAGGAUUUCUUAGUGCUUAUUUUCUGUUAUAUUUUAUGAGAUCUCCUUUAGAGUAUGUAUUCUUUAAAUCUUAAUUAGUUUAUUCCCUUAUUUUGAUAAAAGUAUAUAUGCAUGGAGUCCAUAUAUGUUAGGAGCUUCAAUAACAUUUGGAGUAUUGUGUAUUUAUGCAAUAUUUACAUUAUGUUGGAACUUAAGAAAGAUGAAAUUUAUGAUAUCACUUGUUAAAUUAGCAACUACUUUCUUAUAUAAAAACAAAACAAUAAUUAUUGUUCCCAUUGUGUUCUUUGCACUUGUAAUGUCAACUCUAUUGAUAUGGAUUGCAAGUGCCUUGGCUGUACUAUCUGAAUAAUAAAGAGACUAUUCUUUAGAUGAAUAAAUAUAUCCAUUUGAAAAGAUUUAACUCAAAUUCGAUACUAUUAUUAAAUUGAUGAUUACUGUACUUGCUUUAAUUUGGUUAAUGCAAUACAUAUUAUCUUUGGCAAGAUUCCUUAAUGCUUCAACUGCAACUCUAUGGUACUUUCAUGCAUCUUCCAAUAAAGGAUUUGUUUAUGAUAGUUUUAAAUUAGCUGUGAGAUAUCAUAAUGGAAGUAUAACAGCUGAAGCUAUUUACAGUUUCUUUUUUAGUGGGAUUGCUAAACUAUUCAAUCUAAUUUAUGUAAAAUAUUCAAUUUAAUCAUUUAUAGGAUUCAUUGAAUCGAUGUAGAUUGAAGAGACAUAAUCUUAUUUUAAAUUGUUUUGCAUCAUUUUCAUUAUGUUUAUGUUGUCUUUGUGAGAAUUUCAUUAUGUACAUUAACAAUUAUGCAUUCGUUUAUAUUGUAAUGACAUCAGCAGAUUACUUUGAAUCAAGCAAGGCUGUUCAUUUUACUAUCAAAAGAAAUAAUUAAGAUUUUGAGACUCUUUCUGGAUUAGGGGAACAAUUUACUCAUUAUAGUAAAAUGUUCAUAUUUCUGGUUACUACCUUUGGAACAUUUAUUUAUGUUAAAGAAUAAACAGAUUUUACACUUCAAUUGUAUACUUUUGUUAUAAUUGCAUUUAUCACAUUGUCAAUAGCCACAUUAUUUAUGGAUAUGUUUGGACAAAGUGCAGAUGCCUUAAUUUUAGCAUACUUUACUGAUUGUGAAGUGUAGAAGUAUCAUUUUGGACUUGAUGAGUGUGGUUCAUGUCCUCCAUAAAUAAAGGAUUAAGUAUAAAAUAUAAGGGAAAAAUAAAAGAUUUACUAUGGUUGA